AUGGAUAUAACGGAUGCAGAGGAAAGUGACGUUGAACUGAUAGAGCUUCAGGGAGAGGUUGAGAACAUGGAUGCAUUUGAUGGAAGACUCGAUAAGGAGCUUGUCCAGCUUGAGUUUGGAACAUGUGUUCUUCAUGGAAGGAAGGUGCAUAAGGAGUUCUGUGUCCUUGAGGCAGACAUCUGCAAUGAAAAGCCCUGCUUGAGGGUGAUAAAGAGGAUCAAAUGCGUAUACUUAUUUGACAAGCCUCCUAGAUAUAGAAGGCCCAGCUCCUCAAAGGACAUCUAG